GCUGUCCUGUCUUGCCAAAAUUAUGUCACUAUGAAGAAAUGUCAAAUUAUCCAUCCAACUCUCCCAUUAUCUGAUGAAGAAUUGUUAAUUACUAUCCAGAGUUUAUUUAUUUGUGAAGUUCUGUGACGAUUUGAUAUAUUAAAGUCGAAUAAGCGCUCAAGGAAAAGAACACAAUGGCCUACAAUCCCGGCUAUGGUGCCCCGCAAGGAUACGGCCAGCCACCAGCUGGCUACGGAGGCCCCCCUCCCGGUCAACUGGAAAUAGGACAUGGGCCGUACCCAUCGAUAGGACCUGGAGGUGGAGUCAGUCCUCAAGUGCAGCAGUGGUUUCGUGCAGUUGACAAAGACCAAUCUGGAUUUAUUACAGCUGCGGAACUGAAAUCAGCAUUGGUAAAUGCUCAGGGACAAACCUUUUCAGAAACCGCCUGCAAUUUAAUGAUAGGAAUGUUCGACAAAGAUCGCUCAGGCCACAUCAAUGUUGAAGAGUUUGAAAAACUAUACACCUACAUUAACCAGUGGCUUGCGGUGUUCAAGACAUAUGACACGGAUCAAUCUGGACACAUCGAUGAAAAAGAACUUUCUGAAGCAUUGACGAAGAUGGGUUUCCGGUUCACACCGGAAUUUGUAAGCUUUUUAGUGAAGAGAUGCGACUCAAACGAAGGCAAGGUUUCUGUGGAUAGCUUCAUUGUGCUAUGUGUUCAGAUCCAGCGUUUUACUGAAGCAUUCCGAGCUCGCGACACACAGCAAAACGGAACCGUAACCAUCGGAUUUGAAGAUUUCCUUACUGUUGCUCUUAGCUGCUCUGUUUGAAGAGAAAAGUAAAAGUAUUGAGCUGCCGCAAUAAGUUUGACUCUCACUAAGUAUAGCAGUAAUUAUAAUAAUUUAUUUUUUAUUAUUUUCAUAAAAUUCCAUUUACACAUAGAACAUAUCACUCGAAACUGCAAUCAAUCAUUUACUUAGAAUUAUCUUAUAACGAUAAUAUAAGUAAAGUGGAUGCGCACAUUGCUAGUAAAUGUUUAUUUAUUACAUACUUGAAAAAUG